AUGGAAGGGUUUGGUCUACCUAUGAGUUUUGGCAAAAAAGCCAAACCAACUGCAUCAAAUCUGAAAGCGAAAGUAGAUAACACCAAGCGAUUUGAGCCGAAACCCGAAAUACCCAAAAAAGAGACAUCGGAACCUGGACCCUCUAAUUCCCCUACACCUGCAAUCGAAGUAACAACAACGAAAGCGGAACGGGACGAAGAAGAUGAGGAGAUUGGACCGGUCCCACCUUCUGCAGCUGGAGCUAAGCGGAAAGCAGAUGGCGAGGCCGAAGCGAACUCAGAGGAAGACAGCGAUGAAGAUGAAUAUGAUGAUGAGGAAGAAGUAGAUAGGACACCUAUAUCGCACGAGAUCAUAUUGAAAGAUCACACGAAAGUACUCUCGGCUUUAGCUAUCGAUCCAUCAGGAGCGAGAAUAGCAACUGGAUCUCACGAUUACGAUACGAAGUUAUGGGAUUUUGGAGGGAUGGACUCUAGGUUGAAACCUUUCAAAAGCUUUGAGCCUAAUGGGAAUUACUAUGUACAUGAUUUAUCCUAUUCACCUGAUGGAAGAAAUCUGUUAGUCGUUUCUGGAACGUUGCAGCCGAAAGUGUUCAAUAAAGAUGGUGAGGAAGGAGUGGAGUAUAUUAAAGGGGAUGUCUACUUGAGAGAUAUGAAGAAUACCAACGGCCAUACAGCUGAGAUAAAUGGUGGAGCAUGGCAUCCAACCGAUAAUUCUUUGUUCUUGACAUGUUCGAGCGAUUCGACAUUACGUAUAUGGGACAUUGAAAAUAAGAGGAAACAGAAACAGGUGAUAGUGGUCAGAUCAAAAGAGAGAGGAGCCAGGACGAGAGUAACUUCGUGCGCUUGGAGUCCAGAUGGAAAGAUGAUUGCAGGAGCAUGCUUUGACGGUGCAUUGCAUAUUUGGAAUACAUCAUCCAACUAUGCAAGACCAAAUUACAGUAACGAUAAUGCUCAUGCUAAGAAUACGGAAACAACUGGAGUGGUGUUUUCAAGGGAUGGGACCAGAGUAGCGACGAGAGGUGGAGAUGAUACUGUCAAAUUAUGGGACAUACGGUCUAUACGAAAACCUCUAGCAGUAGCUACAGGAUUAGAUAACCUGUACCCCGAGACCAACAUCAUAUUCUCCCCUGAUAAUAAAUCAAUUUUAACUGGAAUAUCAGCUCCAAAAGGUCAGAAAGGUGGAUUGGUCUUUUUGAAUUCUCAAGAUCUAAAGGAAGAAAGGAGAAUCGCAAUUGGAGAAGGUAGUGUGGUAAGAGUAGAAUGGCAUUCGAGAAUCAAUCAGAUAUUCGCAUCUUUAUCUACGGGGGCUUUGCACGUCUUAUAUUCACCCCACUCAUCAAUCCGAGGAGCGUUACUUCCACUUGCGAAAUUACCCAAGAGUGCACCUCGAGAUCCAUCGUUCUCCACCGCCGAUGUACAACCAGUCAUCUACACGCCAGAUGCACUGCCAAUGUUCAAAGAUAAAGGCCACAGGGAAUCAUUACAUCAAAAGGAAAAGAAAGCAAAGAAGAUGAAACCUAUGGAACCUGUCAGAGGAGCUGGAAGAGGUGGAAGAUUAGGGGCGAGUGAGACUCAGGGUUUCGUACAGACUUUGUUCCCAUCCGAGAUGGUAUUUGAAGAUCCUAGAGAAGCUUUGCUCAAAUAUGCUGAUAAGACUGACAAGAAGGAUGAAGAAUAG